AUGGAAGCUAUUGGGGCAGCUUCUGCCAUCCUCGCAAUUGCAACAGCCGGAGUGCAAUGCUCCGUGAAGCUCGUGACUUUUGCAGGGCAGGUCAAAACAGCGCCGGAGCAGAUUACCAUGGUUGCUGAAAAUGUGUCCUUGAGUGCCAGUAUUCUACAGCAACUGGGCGAAUUGGCGACGGAGAAUAUAGAAAAUGAACAUCCGACCCUAGACGGCCCCAAUGUGAAAUCAGUUCCCGAUACCAAGACAACAAUAUACGGUGAAAAUAUUCAGCGCACAACGGCAAUUGUUGCCUACUCUAGAGAGGAUCAGGAGUUCCUGGUUCGGGCUAUUGUUGCUGCCCAGAAAGCUCAAUUGGGUAGUCCUGGAAAGGAACAGCCAGAAGCUUCAAAUGUUGAAUCCGUUAAGGAACCACCAUUGGAAAAGGAGCAGCCCCCUCGGUUUUCCCAACGGUCACUGCCCAAGAGGAUCCAGAUCCAGAGCUUAUAUAAGGCCGACAUGGAGGCGCAGGGAUUCCGGCGACCUCACGAGUUAGGGUACACCAAGGAGGAGGAGGAGGAGGAGGAGGAGGCGAUCCUUAAUCGGAAGCUAGCAGUUGUAGGGGGGGGGGGGGAGAAGAAGGAGGAGAAAGACGAGUGGAAAGAGACGCGAGAGAAGUAUCAAUUCGAACAAGCAGAGGGCGAAGAUGAUGAUGCCAUGUCAGAGAGCGAAGGUGCAGAAGGCAUUAUUGAUGCUCUACCGUCCAGAUAUACGAUUUGA